AUGAUCAACAUUGAAGAAGAGGAAAAUGUAGUAGUAGUGAACCAAAAAGAUUCCACCAAAGAAUUAUUGGAUGACAAAACUAAGAACAACCUUGAAGAAACAGUUGUUGAUUCAAAUACAAGAGCAA